CAAUGAGUGAGAUUUGGGGGAAGGGGUUGGUGCUGUCUCUCUCUCUGCGUGUGGUUAGUGGAGUUACCUUCAUGUGAGCGAGGGAACUACUUUGCUGCCUGCGGCUCUGAGCCUGCAGCAUGGACAUGGACUGCGGGCCCUGCUGCGAGGCUGGAGCCAGCGGGCAAACCGGUCUGGACACCAGAGACACCUGAAUUGGCUGUUCAUGGACUAAAACCAACACCAGCCUACAGGAGGAGGAGAGGGGCUGGUGCAGCCAGCGGGCUAAAAGGGGAGGAAGAAAAGCCAAAAGGUGGAAACGAUGGCCACCCUACCAGGAAGUCGAGUGGUCGCGCUGACCUUGUUGUGCGGCAAGACUGGAAGUGCCACACUGUAUCCAGCGCAACAGUAUCCAGUGCGACUGUAUCCAGCGCGGGCUUCCCCGUUGAACCCCGCGAGCGGCGGCUGUAGCCUGAAGAGAUGCAGAUCCACCUCCUCCUUAUCCGGUUACUCCGAACUGGCCAGGGAAAGAUCGAAAACGGUCACCUCCUUCUACAACCAAUCUGCCAUCGAUGCGGCAGCCGAAAAGGCAUCUGUACGUCUGACACCAACCACCAUGUUGUAUUCGGGAAAAACCCCAGACGGGAGUCAUAACCUGCGGAGUGCCAAGUAUCUCUACAAUGAACUACCCGUCCGCAUCGCCCAUCGAAUUAAGGGAUUUCGGAGCCUUCCCUUCAUCAUUGGCUGCAACCCCACAAUUUUGCAGGUGCAUGAGCUGUACAUCAGAGCCUUUCAGAUGUUGUCUGAUUUCCCACCAAUCACCGACAGCAAGACAGAGACUCAGUACUGCAAGAUGAUUCGUCAGCUCUUGGAUGACCAUAAAGAUGUUGUGACGAUGCUGGCUGAGGGUUUCAGAGAAUGUCGCAAAUACGUGCAGGAUGAAUCAUUGAUCCGUUCUUUUCUGGACAACACCCUGACGUCCCGACUGGGAAUCCGUAUGCUGGCAACGCAUCACCUGACCCUGUAUGAGAAUAAUCCUGACUUUGUGGGGAUUAUCUGUACACGGCUGUCUCCAAAGAAGAUCAUUGAGAAGUGGGUAGAUUUUGCUCGGCGCUUAUGUGAGCAUCAGUAUGGAAAUUCCCCACGAGUGCGGAUAAAUGGCCAUGUGGCAGCCAGAUACCCUUAUAUCCCGAUGCCUCUGGACUACAUCCUGCCUGAGUUACUGAAGAAUGCAAUGAGAGCUACGAUGGAGAGUCACCUUGACACACCUUACAAUGUCCCUGACAUCGUGGUCACCAUUGCCAACAAUGAUAUUGAUUUCAUUAUCCGGUAAAUCAGUUUUUUUUUCCAAGUAU